CCUAGUUAAGCAAUUAGUCUGAACCCUCUGAUCCACAGUAUAAAGCCAGGGCCGGGGGCAGGGAGGCAGGGAGUAAAGGGGCAUCAUGGAAGAUCUUGGUGUGGAUGUGGCUCAGGCUCAGCUGGCGAUGGAACAGGAAGUGGAUGGGAUGCUGCAGCAGUUGACGGACGCCAUGGAGAGCGGCGGGUUGCCCGCACUGGCUAACGAGGUACAGGAGAUUCGUCAGAAAGUCAGGGACGUGACGGCACAGGUGGCGGUGACCGGGCCGCCCAACGUCGGCAAGACCACCCUCAUUUCCACGGCGCUGCGACUCUCGGCGGAGACGGCCGCCCUUCUGCAACAUGCGCCCAAACCCGCACCCUGCUUCCAGCCCGGCCGCCCCCGAGUCAUCUUCUGGGAGCUGCCCGCUAUCGGCGGCGCUUCGUUCUGCGUCAACACCUACCUGCGGCAGGUGGACGUCGACAAGUAUACCGGCUUCCUUAUCCUCUCCUGCACGGAGUUCAGCCGGGAGAUGCUGGGCCUGGCCUCCGAGUUGCGAAGGAUCGGCAAACCCUUCUGCCUGAUCCGCUCCAAGAUUGACGUGCGACGCCGUUGCUACAGGAAGAGGGAGUUCGCGGAUGAGGUGCUAUGCGCCCUGCGGAGGCAGCCGCUGCCCCACCUAGACCUGGAGUCGGCCGUCGUCCGCCUCUUCUACCUGGAUUGCAGGGACUCCGAAGACUUCGACUUCAAGCCGUGCGUGCAGGCGCUGCAAGACGCGUCGCCGUCAGCUCUGCUGAGACACUCGCUCCUCGUGUCUCUGAGUUACCUCUCCAAUAAGUUCCAGCUGAAGACCUCUCUCAAGCAGCUCACCCCGAUCUGGGCCAUCCACAGCCUCGUGGUGGACCCAGUGGGGUUGGCCGGCCUGCCCUACCAGGUGAAUGCGCGCUUCCUCGUGGACCAGAUCUAUUUCUACCGUCUGAUCCUGGGCAUCGACUUCCAGGCGCUGAAAGUGCAGGCCAAACGGCUUCGGCUGCCCACCUUCGUGCUGUCGGACGAGCUCCGCGCCGGUUUGCCCUGCUCACUCAGCGAGGUGGACGUCGUGGCCGAGCUGACCAAAUGGACUGCCCUGAAGGUUCCCGUCGCCAACAGUAAACUCAAGUGGGUGCCGCUGCUCCGGCAGCUCCCCGGCGGCGAGAUCUCCGGUGCCGCCGUCAUCCGCCUGCUGGACUUUAUGGUGACCCAGUACAUGAUCGAUGUCUACAGGAUCGAGAGCAAGAUCGCGGCCGUACUGAGGGGCGAAUGAGGCCGACACUGUGGAGAGGUGGUGGGUGGGGAUUGCGACAGGAAGAGCCCUAAUCUGGGUUGGAUCCUCUAGCAGAUUUCGAACGGGAUCUGAUUUGUCUAUUGCAUGGUGGGCUGGCUUGUUUUGGACAUUUCGGACUGGAGAUGGGCUGAACUUGUAUUCCUGAAGUCGCCUUAACAAAAUCAUCUCUGAAUGACCCACCAAUGUUUUGUCUAAUAAAGGCGAUGUUUCUUUGUUCUGAAAUGAAGAGGUUGUACACUGACCAUGAUAGUCCAAAUAUGCACUUUAAUUUAUUCCAUUCCAACCUGAUUUACAAGUACCCCAGGGAUCAUCAAAAAUCAGAUUUGAGAGAAACUGUCUAUAGUGUGGACAAAUCCAGCAGAGAUCUUUGGUGGGAGGGAGGUCAGCUGGAUUUGUCCACCUCAAUUGGAUGUAGACUUCUCCAGCAAUGAUUAAUGCUACUUUCCAAAGCAUUCAAUUGCCUUGUGGAAACAAAGGUUGUUUACCAAUAUUGGAAUCUCUUCCCUGCUGAUGGCAGAUCUUGGAAGAUUACAUUUCCAUGUGGUCAAUCUGUGACUCGACCAGUUAUGUAACUGGAGUGGGUGUUGGAAUGGAUUGAACAAGCUGCCUGUCUUAAAAUGCAAUUGAUGUUGGAUUUCUUUCACUACACUUGUCUGGCACUUUUGUACUUGUCACUUGGAUUUAAAUGGUUAAUAAAGGAAAUUCACU